GAUCAGAGGUAGACUGAAGGAAUCCGCUCGCCACUUUCCACCGUUUUAAAACGAGUUACGAGCUAUAGCCGGACGAAUGAAGACCGAAGGAUCUAUACGGAUUCGAGCGCAUAAUGUUGGGAUGGAGUUGGAAGACUUCGGCUCAGCGAAAGACUAAAGAAGAUUCUUUCAAGUUUAUCCCGGUGGAUGCGCGCGAUCUGUUUGUUGGAUUAUUGUUAUUAUCGCUUCAGCCUAACGCGCGGCGUUUGUCUUUUAACUUUCUUCAACGCUUCUUCUUCUCUCUCUCUCGUUUGGACUAUGGCCUCGGAUCCUAGAGACCCGGGGGCCAGUGAUGUUUUUGGAGAUUUACCCCCGAAAUACACGCGUUCUCCGCCGCCUGUGAGCUCAGAACUCCUCCGGAGACCCAGUUACUGCCACGCUGCGUUUGCGUUAAAACAGAUUUCUAAGGGGAAAGCUGUGGGACAGAAAGCACCGCUGUGGAUUCGGGCGAGAUUCCAGGCUUUUCUCUUUUCUUUGGGCUGUCACAUCCAACGACACUGUGGAAAAGUCCUUUUCAUUGGACUACUUGUGUUUGGAGCCUUAUCUGUUGGUUUGCGGGUCGCUGCCAUUGAAACGGACAUUGAAAAACUAUGGGUGGAAGCUGGCAGUCGGGUGAGCAAGGAGCUUCGCUACACAAAGGAGAAGCAGGGAGAGGAGUCAGUGUUCACCUCACAGAUGCUCAUACAGACACCCAAACAGGAAGGAACCAAUAUUCUUACCCAGGAGGCUUUGCUGCUCCACCUGGAGGCUGCUUUGGCAGCCAGCAAAGUCCAGGUAUCUCUUUUCGGAAAAUCUUGGGAUCUUAAUAAAAUUUGCUUCAAAUCCGGAGUCCCAAUUAUAGAAAAUGUCAUGAUUGAGAGGAUGAUUGACAAGCUUUUUCCCUGUAUGAUUGUGACUCCAUUGGACUGCUUUUGGGAAGGCUCCAAAUUGCAGGGAGGCUCUGCCUACUUACCGGGCAUGCCUGACAUUCAGUGGAUGAAUCUGGACCCUCUCAAGUUAAUGGAGGAGUUGAGCCAGUUUACGUCUCUAGAGGGUUUCAGAGAAAUGCUGGAUAAGGCUCAGGUGGGCCAUGCCUAUAUGAACCGGCCUUGCCUGGAUCCCAACGAUACAGACUGCCCUCAGAGUGCCCCUAAUAAAGAUCUGUGGCAGGUCCCUGACAUUUCUGCAGAACUUCAGGGUGGUUGCCAUGGUUUUUCCAAGAAGUUCAUGCAUUGGCAGGAGGAGUUGAUCCUGGGUGAAAGAGUAAAGAACUCCCAGAAUGCCUUGCAGAGUGCGGAGGCCCUUCAGACCAUGUUCCUCCUUAUGAGUCCCAAACAGCUCUACGAGCACUUUAAAGAUGACUAUGAGAUCCAUGACAUCAACUGGAACGAGGACAAGGCCACUGCCAUCCUGGAGUCCUGGCAAAGAAAGUUUGUUGAGGUCAUACAUGGGAGCAUUCCUCAUAACUCUUCCUCUAAUGUAUAUGCCUUCUCUACCACCACUCUCAAUGACAUCAUGAAGUCUUUCUCCGACAUCAGCGUAAUCAGGGUGGCAGGUGGUUAUCUGCUCAUGCUGGCAUACGCAUGCGUGACCAUGCUACGUUGGGACUGCGCUAAGUCCCAGGGUGCUGUAGGGCUGGCAGGAGUGCUGCUGGUUGCUCUGUCUGUGGCUGCAGGGCUUGGAUUGUGCUCGUUGCUGGGGCUGUCCUUCAAUGCCGCCACCACACAGGUGCUGCCAUUCCUGGCCCUGGGCAUUGGAGUGGAUGACAUGUUCUUGCUGGCUCAUUCUUUCACUGAGACCAGAUCCAACAUCCCAUUCAAGGAGAGGACAGGUGACUGCCUGAGAAGAACUGGCACGAGUGUGGCUCUCACCUCCAUCAAUAACAUGAUUGCAUUCUUCAUGGCUGCCUUGGUGCCCAUUCCUGCUCUCCGGGCUUUCUCACUUCAGGCGGCUAUUGUGGUGGUCUUUAACUUUGCUAUGGUUCUGCUCAUCUUCCCUGCCAUUCUGAGCUUGGACCUGCACAGACGGGAGGACAAAAGACUGGACAUCCUGUGCUGUUUCUAUAGCCCCUGUUCAUCUCGGGUAAUCCAGAUCCAGCCUCAAGAAUUCUCUGACGCCAAUGAUAACCACCAGCACACCCCUGCCACCCCCACCUACACUGGCUCUACUAUUACCACCAGCACCCACAUCACAACCACUGUCCAGGCGUUCACCCAGUGUGAUGCAGCUGGCCAGCAUAUUGUCACCAUUCUGCCUCCCACCUCCCAGAUCUCCACUAGCCAUCCAUCCAUGGUCAUCUCCACCCCCACAACCACCGACCCUUAUGGCUCUCAGCUGUUCACCAACUCCAGCUCCACUCGAGACCUUCUAGCCCAGGCGGAGGAGCCCAAAGUGGGUCGCGAAUGCGUGCCUCUGCCCUUCUUUCGUUGGAACCUGUCAAGAUUUGCACGGGAAAAGUAUGCCCCUCUGUUGCUCAAGCCCGAGACCAAGACUGUGGUGGUUGUUGUUUUUGUGGUGCUUCUGAGCCUCAGCCUCUAUGGUACCACAAUGGUUCAUGAUGGACUCUACUUGAAUGACAUUGUCCCCAGAGACACACAGGAGUAUGACUUCAUUACAGCCCAGUUUAAAUACUUCUCCUUCUACAACAUGUAUCUGGUUACCAUGGACGGCUUUGACUAUGCUCGUUCCCAACGGCAGCUACUACAACUUCACAAUUCCUUUAACUCUGUGAAAUAUGUGGUUAAGGACAGCAAUCACAAACUUCCCAGAAUGUGGCUACAUUACUUCCAGGACUGGCUCAGAGGUCUGCAGGCUACAUUUGAUGCUGAUUGGGAAGCUGGCAGGAUAACCUAUGACAGCUAUCGCAAUGGUACAGAAGAUGGAGCACUGGCCUACAAGCUUCUCAUUCAGACUGGCUCUAAGAAAGACCCUUUCAACUACAGCCAGCUUACAUCCCGUCGUCUGGUGGAUGAGGAUGGUGUCAUCCCCCCUGAGGUUUUCUACAUCUACCUGACAGUAUGGGUCAGUAAUGACCCAUUGGGGUAUGCAGCCUCCCAGGCCAACUUUUACCCCCACCCACGAGAAUGGAUCCAUGAUAAGUAUGAUGCCACCGGGGAGAACCUUCGCAUCCCAGCAGCAGAGCAUCUAGAGUUUGCUCAGUUCCCUUUUUACCUGAAUGGCCUCAGACAAGCCUCAGACUUCAUUGAAGCCAUCGAGAGUGUGCGCUCCAUCUGUGAGGAGUUCAUGCGUCAGGGAAUCCAGAACUAUCCCAACGGUUAUCCUUUCCUGUUUUGGGAACAGUACAUUGGCCUGCGCCACUGGUUCUUGCUGUCCAUUAGCGUGGUGCUGGCCUGCACCUUCCUGGUGUGCGCCAUCCUCUUGCUCAACCCCUGGACCGCAGGCAUCAUCGUUUUUAUUUUGGCCAUGAUGACAGUAGAACUCUUUGGCAUCAUGGGCCUGAUUGGUAUCAAGCUGAGCGCCAUUCCUGUGGUCAUCCUCAUUGCCUCCGUGGGUAUUGGAGUGGAGUUUACUGUGCAUAUUGCAAUGGGUUUCCUGACUGCCAUUGGUGACAGGAACACUCGUUCAGCAGUGGCUAUGGAGCAUAUGUUCGCUCCUGUGAUUGACGGCGCCAUCUCCACUCUGCUGGGAGUGCUCAUGCUUGCCGGCUCAGAGUUUGACUUCAUCAUGAGAUACUUCUUUGCAGUGCUGGCGAUACUGACAUUGUUGGGAAUCCUGAAUGGUUUGGUGCUACUUCCAGUACUGCUGUCCCUCAUGGGCCCCCCAGCUGAGGUUGUGCCUGCUAACAGUUCUAGUCAUCUACAAAGUCCCUCCCCUGAGCCCAUGCCUCCACCUAUGAACCACCAUGGGUACUACGCUGGGCACAUCCCCAAGGGACCACGUCAGGCAUUCUCCGACACCUCAGACUCUGAAUACUACUCUGAAACAACCACCAACUCUGGCAUCAGCGAGGAGGAGUACAAGUACUGUGACAGGAGCGCAUACAUCACACCCCCAGCUCAGCCUCCCACCUCUCAUAUUCUGCUUGAAGCCAGCAAGAACCCCAGCUUCCCUAAGCUCACAGUGGUAAAACCUUUCAGUGAAAGCAGCUCUAAAGGACAGAUCAGUGAGUCUACCCAGAAUGCCGUCAACUCGGUCAGUUCACAGAUCACACAAUGGGAUAACAAACACGAGUACCAAGGGCAGAGGCGACAACAUUUACCUAGUGACAGGACCCACUGUCCUCGCAGGACUACUCAGUGUGGCUCAGGGUCACAACCAGGGAAAGGGCAGCAGCAAAACAGGACUACUCACACCACUGGGGCAUUGCAGCGACCCAACAAUGCCAUUACCAUGGUUACAGCCACAGCCUCAGUGACAGUGGCAGUGCACCCCAGUUUACCGGGGUCGUACCAGAGUUACAUACACGAGGGUUUCGAGGAUAAUGAGUUGGACUCUUUUGAGGACUCUAAGAGGACUUCUCAGACUUAUGGCAAAGCUACACAUUAUAAGAGUGACUCUUUGGAACUUCAGGAUCUGGAAUCCACAGAGAAAAGCCAGCAUCAAGCUAACCAGGCGCUAGGUGGUGCAUGGAUCCAAGCAGCCAAAGAUUGCUAGACUGCUCCCAGCCCCCACAUCCCUUUGUCUGGAAUCUCUGGCUGUUUUGGGAAGUCCCCAACCCUAGCCUGGUGUCUUUUGUCUCUUUGAACUGUAAAUAGACCUUACACAGAAAAGAGGAUAUAUUUAAUUUAAAAAAAAAAAGAAAAAAAAAAGGUCUACUUAGACAUUUCUAAAUAAAUAAAUAAGUGUGUGUGUGUGUGUGUGUGUGUGUGUGUGUGUAUGUUUAUAUAUAUAUAUAUAUAUAUAUAUAUAUAUAUAUAUAAUACUAAAAAGAGGGAAAAUAUUUUAAAAUAUGCUGUAUAACUUGUGUAUUCUCUUGUGUAAAAAUCAGAUGUAUAAGAGGAUUUGGAGGCCUUCUGGUUCCUUACUAUGUAUAGAUUAUGAAAUGUGUGAUAUGUAAAAAGUGAAAUGAUAUUAGACUAUUGAAAUGUAAGGUCAGUGUUCUUUUUUCUUUUCUUCCUUUCUUUUUCUUUUUUUUUUUUUUUUUUUUUUUGCUGCUACACUUGCAGUACCCCUUUCCCCAACAAAAGACAUAUAACUUUAGAUUAACAACUUAUUAAACCACAGCCAAUAGGAAGCUUAUCUGUAUUGUUCAAAGAUGUUGACUUAUCUUUGAUUGCACUGUACAAAAUCAAAACCUACAUAGCAAUUUUUCUUUGUUGAAUCUUCCAUUGAUAUUAUUUUAUUUAUUUUACUGACAGCAACCACUGUGCCUUAACUUUCAAUCUUACAAAACUGAUCUGUCAAACUGUUCAUUAAUGAGUUACUGUACUAUUCAGGAACCGACUGUUCAAUGUUGUGGACUGUUACAGAAAUGUUAUCAUCCAUUUUCUUUCAAAGUUUUUUGACUUCUCAUAGUCUCAGAUAUCCUUGUUAGUGUGAAUUGCUUCAUAUGUCUAGUACAGUGUUCAGUGAACAGCAAGACUAUGGGUCUAGUGAUUUGUUACAAUAUUUCAGUAUAUAAUCUUUUAAUGUCUACAUUUACAUACUUGAAGGGGUGGUUAAAUUACACUUUAGUUGUUUUCUUUAUGGUUAUUUUAGCCAUACAUUGAGUAAGCUACAGUUUGACACUAUUUGUUUAGGAAAUUUUGGGAGAUAUCAGGCAAAUGGGUUGUUUACCCAAAUAUCAUUCAGAAAGGGAAUUUUGUUUAACUGAAAAAGGAGAUUUUUGUUUGUUUGUUUUCUCUUUUUUCCAUCUUGCUGGCUGCUUUCGCAAAAUACCUGCACAAUUGUUUACCAGGUAGUUGCCUUCUGGGCUUCUCCCACAAGGCUGGUGUAGGGUCUUCUCAGUACUGUCUUUGAUCCAGUUCUCUUACUUAGGUCCAAUUUCAGCCAGUAUUUCAGCAGAAAGCUCACUCAUUCAGUAUUUGUCACAUCACUGCCAGAUUAAAUGCAGGGAAAAAUGGUUAAAUGUAAGUGGCAGCUUACUUUUCUCAUACACACUCUUUCUCUAUUUAACAAAAUAAGUUUUAAUGAAAACUAAAUAAGUAGCUACUGUAUCUGGAAGACAACGCAACACAAAGCGAGCAAUCUAAAGCACAUGUACAGCUUAAGGACAGGGGUGGCUUGAGCAGAAAUGAGACAAGGGUAGGGGAUGGGGGUCCUGCAUAGGGGUUUUGUUGCAAAUGUAUGUCAUGCCAUAUAAAUUAUUUAUAUAAAAAUUUUAUUUUUGUAGUUUGUACAGAUGUUAGUCACUAGAUUGAAGUUAUAUUUUUAAAGAGUAAAUAUAUUAUAAAUAUAAAUAUAUAAUUAUAUCUAUUUGUUUCUGAGAUUUGUUGUGUUUUGGGGUGGGGGAGUUUGGGUGGAGUGGGCUUUGAGAUCUUCAUAUUGCUGUUGGAAAUAAUGAAGGAAAGAGGUGGCUACGGUUGUCCACAUUUUGUAGACUCUGUGUCUUUCCUUUUUCAUGUAAAGAUUUGAAGAGUUUCUGUUUUUGUUGUUGUGUAAAACACUGUGACUUCAGAAAACUUUGAGGGGGGAAAAAAAAACCUUUUGUGACCAUCAUUUCCUCCACCCUUUAUAGGAAUUCAACUAACAAAAUAAAUGAAGAAAAAAAAGAAAAAGAAGAAGACUUAGCAUUUUUCAAGAUUGUAUGCGUGCUUGCUUGAACAAUUGUCA